AUGGGGGUUGACGUGGGGCAGGAGUCGAAGCGGCAGACGGACGUGGUGUUCGACGGGCACCGGUGGACCAAGUACGGCCAGAAGGUGCUGCUGCACUCCAGCUUCGUGCGGUCCUACUACCGGUGCAGCUACUGCAGUGCGGCCAAGGGGUCAUGCCCGGCGCGCAAGCUGGUGGACCGGCAUCCCUCCAAUCCGCACGAGAUCCGCGUGGGGUACCACGGCCGCCACAACCACGCGGGCCUCAGCCCCGCCUCGCCCACCAUCCAGCGCUCCGUCACUCCCCCCCGGGACCUGUCCGCGUCCUCGCAAAGCAUGGCUGCUGCUGCUGCUGCUGCUGUCGCUGCUGCGGAGGCAUCGGGUGCUGUGAUGGCGGGUGGUGGGGCCGGGAAUGGGGAGGCGGGGUUGGAUGGAGGUGCAGCUGGGGAAGGUCAGAGCACGGCAGGGAGGGGGGACGCGCGGAUCCCCAUGCAGUUGGGGGAGGAGACAAUGGAGGGGGGGGAGGGCGCGGAGGGAGAGGAGGGAGGCGAAGGGGCAGGGCAAGACCUGGACUACACCAAUCCCCAACACGGCAGAACGUUCGAAGCCAUGCUGAGCCGCGGAGAGGAGAUUCUGGUGGGGACGGACGACGAGGGGGGGGCCGACGAGGACGUGAGAACGUUCGAAGCCAUGCUGAGCCGCGGAGAGGAGAUCCUGGUGGGGAUGGAUGACGACUGGGAGGGUGAGGAGGAAGGGGAGGAGCAGGGGGAAGGAGAGGGGGAGGGUGGCAGGGAGGGGGCGCAGCAGGGGGGGCGGGGGGAACAGGCGGAGGGGGAUGAGCGGAGCUGGCGGGCGCUGCAGUUGCCAGAAGAUGGGUACCUGUGGGACCCGCCUAGGCGCCACAAGCCGCUGGUCAACUCCAUGUACAUCCGCUACCAGAAGACGAGUACUUGUGGGACCCGCCCCGCCGCCACAACCCGCUCGUCAACGCCAUGUAUCGAUGCGCAUUCCAUCCCCACUUUCUGCCCAUUCCCCUCCCCACAGGGUGGUGUACCGGUGUGCAUACCACCCAGAGGGCACCGCCAGGUGUCCAGCAGUGAGAGUGGUGGAUAUCCACCGCGCCAACGCGUCCUCCCUGCAGCUCACCUUCACUUUACCCCAACUCCACCCCCUACCCCACUGCCUCUGUUACUCCCUUCCCCCCUCCUCCCUCCCCACAGGGUGGUUUAUCGGUGUGCAUAUCACCCGGAGGGCACCGCCAGGUGUCCAGCAGUGCGAGUGGUGGAUAUCCACCGCGCCAACGCGUCCUCCCUACAGCUCACCUACACGCGCCCCCACUGCCACCCCCAGCCCGUCCGCAUCCGCCUCACCCGCCGCCCCGCCACCCCCCGCUCCUCCACCCCCCCUUCCGCCCUUCCCCGCGCCACCACCCCCCGUUCGCGCUCCCUCUCUGUUGGUAGGCGCAAGGGGGAGGGGGGCGGACGUGGGGAAGGCAGGGGAGGGGCUGGGGAGGGGGGAGGAGUGGGGGCAGGGGGAAGAUCUGGGGAAAAAGAGGUGGGGGGCGGGGCGGAAGCGGAAUUGAGGGCGUUAGUGAAGAGGGAGGGCGGAGGAGGGGGGAGGAGUAGUGGGAGGGGAGGGGGGUGGGGAGAGGGGUCGGUAGGAGGGAGUGUGGGGAGGGAGCAAGGCACAAAGGAUGAGGGUUUGGUUAGGAGUGUGGGGUGGAAUGGUGCGGCGAUGGGGGUGAUGGCUGGGGUGGUGGGAGCAGAGGGCAUGGAGGGAGUGGAUGUGCGGAUGGGAACAAACGGGACGGCCGAAGCAGAAGAGAUGGUGGGAGGAGAGGGGGUGGUGGGAGGAGUGAUGGUGGGAGGAGAGGGGGUGGUGGGAGGAGAGGGGGUGGUGGGAGGAGUGAUGGUGGGAGGAGAGGGGGUGGUGGGAGGAGAGGGGGUGGUGGGAGGAGAGGGGGUGGUGGGAGGAGUGAUGGUGGGAGCAGGGGCGGGUGUGAGGGGUAACUCUGGCUUGAGUGCUGGCACUGGUGGUGGUGGGGGAGGUGGUGGUGGUGGUGCGUUGGGUGCACCUGGGGCGUUGCCUGUGGCAGGAGGGGUGUCCGGCACUAAUGACAGGCUAGGCCCAAGCCCUCCUCCACUCAAGCGAGCAAAGCUCUCAAGAGCCUCAAACCUCGCAGCACCCCUCAAGGCAGCAUUGUGUGCGCUCACCCGCACGGUUUCUGGGCAGGACCAGUCGUGGGGGGGCUUGAUGGGAGGAGGGAUGGGAGGAGGGAUGGGAGGAGGGAUGGGGGGAGGGAUGGGGGGAGGGAUGGGAGGAGGGAUGGGAGGAGGGAUGGGAGGAGGGAUUGGAGGAGGGUUGGGUGGAGGGGUGGCAGGAGGAGCACGGAGAGUGGAAGGAGGGUUGACUCGAGCAUUUCAGGAGGCGGAGGCUGGGAAUGGUGGGGCGACGGGUGGGCUUGAGUCUGCUUCGUUACAAGCACAUCCUCUACUGUCAGAACCGUUACAAGCAGAAGCGUUUCAGGAAGGAUUGUUAGAGGGAGGCAUGUUGCCGGUUGAACCGUUACAGGAGGAGCUAUUACAGCAGCUGCAGCAGAUGCAGCAACUGCAGCAGCUACUGCAGGAAGAGGAACCGAGUGCUAUGAAAGACAUGCCACCGCAGCAGGAACAGCAGGAGCAGCAGCAGGAGGAGGAGCAGCAGCAGUCGCAACAGCAACAGCAGCAGCAGCAGCAGCAGCAGCAGCAGCAGCAGCAGCAGCAGCAGCAGCAGCAGCAGCAGCAGCAGCAGCAGCAGGUGUUAGGGGCAAACACUAAAAACAGGAGUGGAUCCCUGGCACAACAAGACAUCAAGGGAUCAAUAGCAGGCACUGCAGCCUUUCCCUGGCUGCGAUUUCACCUGGCAUUUCGCCUGGCACUUCACCUGGCGUCUCCCCCUUAG